AUGAAAUAUUUGUAUUUGCAAUUAAUUGCAUUGGGUUUGUGCACAGCAGUUGCAACGAAUGACUUAGUUCAACCACUCAUCUGCUUGGAGGAAUUAGGUCUACGUAUUGUUAAUGGCAGUCCUGCUCAACCAAAACAGAUUCCCUAUCAAGUUGGCUUGAUUUUGGAUAUUGGCGAAGACACCUAUUGGUGUGGAGGCUCUUUAAUUUCCAACUAUUAUGUGGUAACUGCUGGUCAUUGUGCCAAGGGUGCCAGUAAAAUUAUCGUUAUUCUGGGUGCCAAUGAUAUAGAUAAUCCAUAUGAAGUGGGCCAAAUAAGGAUUACAGUCUAUGCAGCUGGCAUUACUGUGCACGAGAAUUAUGAUGAAGCAACGCUGAAAAAUGAUAUUGCUCUUAUUAGAUUGCCUGAACCGGUUGUCUACAAUGAUUAUAUAAAGAAUAUUAAAUUGCCGAAACUUCUUGGACCACAUGACAGUUAUGCAGGAAAAAUGGCCCAAAUUUCCGGUUGGGGCAAAACAAGUAGCUUGGCGUCUGGUAUUACGAAUAUACUUCGUUAUGCGGAUGUCUGUGUCCAGCCAAAUUUCAUUUGUGACAUAGAAUAUUUAGGUGCAAUUACUGCAUCUAAUAUAUGUACGCAUAGCAUACUAUUAAAAGCCACAUGCAAUGGAGACUCUGGUGGUCCAUUGGCAUAUUAUGUGGACGAUCAUUAUGAGUUAAUUGGUAUUGUAUCAUUUGGUUUUGUACUUGGCUGUGAUUUGGGCUGGUCAUCUGGUUUUACCCGUGUAACAUCAUUUCUAGAAUGGAUAUAUUUGAAAACGGGAAUUGCUUACACUUAAAGAACAA